CUGGAAUUUUUUAGAGGUGACACGAACCUACUAUAAGGAUUAACUUGGAUUGCCUUUUGUGGUGCAAUAUUUAAAGAGCAUACUGCUAAAAGGACAUAGCAAUGGAGUGGAGGAUUAUAGUACCUGUUCUGUGUCUAAUUGGAAUCCUACAUGUGCGAGGAAAUGCUGCUCAGUCCAACAGUAACACCAGCACCAUUAACCACAACAUCAUCACUGAAGGAACCACAAAUUCAACUGCAAAUGCGAAUCAAACUGAAUCUACAAAUCCAAAUGCAACUGUGAGUCAAACUGCAUCUUCAAAUGCAACUGCAACUGCAACUGUGAGUCAAACUGCAUCUUCAAAUGCAACUGCAACUGCAACUGCGAGUCAAACUGCAUCUUCAAAUACAAAUGCAACUACAAAUCCAUCUGCAACUGCAACAAUCCCUACACCUGCUAACACUGCAUCACUUAAUUUGGUGUUCAAACUUACUCAAACCUUCAAGGCCGUCUUCUCUGAUCUGAAUAAUCCUGAGACCAAACAGCUGGCAGAUGAGAUCACCAAUGCGUUUACUCCAGUUUACCGGAAACGGUUUGCAAACUUCCGUCGCAUGUUUAUUCGAAAAUUCAGUGCGGGCUCAGUUGUGACGGAUUCUGUGCUUGAGUUUGACAACACAAACGCUAGUCCUAAUCUGACAGAAGUGAAAAACACAUUUGUUGAUGCAAUUACAGCUGGAGGUUUCAACUUUACAGUUGAUAACACAUCCAUCAGUGUUUCCGAUAUCACAACAACCAAUGCAACGACUCAAGCUACGACAAUCGUCUCUACGACAGCAGGCUUUAAUCUUUCUGACUAUAAUGUGACCUUUACAAUGAAUGAAACCUUCAGCAGUGAACUAUCAAAUAUCAGCUCUUCUCGAGCCGUAGCUCUGGCAAAGAACAUCACUGCUCAGUUUGAUGGCGUUUUCAAGAAACUUUUUACAAACUUUGUUCGCUCGCUCAUUUGGCGGUUCAGGAAUGGCUCCAUUAUUGUAGAUGCUCUAUUGGGAUUUGACAAAACUGGCUCAAGUCCUACUGCGGCAGAGGUGGUUAAAGUCAUAGUUGCCAGUGCUAAAAAUGGGACAUUCACAUUCACAGUUAAUUCACUAUCUGUUACAGACCCAUCAGGAGUCACUGCUAACAGGUCUCCGGUCCUGGCUAGUAUGAUGACGGCUUUGUGGAUGACCCUAGCAUCACUCGUGGUGUCAGCUGUGAUGCACUAAACACACAAAAUCAUGUCAACACAAAAUGAACGUGGCAUCUCUGAUCUUUUCACAUUCAGAAUCAGCAAGUCACAAAGCAAAACAAGCCAAGUUAUGAUCUAGCUGUAACAUUUACUAGUCUUUCUUGCCACAUAUAGAGCCAUAGUGAUACGUAUGGUAUGGUAUGGUAUUUUGGUUUCUUUGGUUUACAAAAAGCACAUUGUUUAUGUGUACACUGAGCGGGAGAAAGAAUGAGGAUUGGUUUAUUGGAACCAAAUCUGAACAUUUCUUUAUGACACAGGAAUGGCACAAGUGAAAGUUACCUAUAGAUCUUAUAUGUUGUAAUUCAAAAUUGAGAUGGUUUUGCUCUUCUGAAAAAGGAUUGAACAAUAAAAUAUAUAUCUUUACCAAUCUAUUAAUUAGAUUCUGAAGAUGUGAAAUCUAUGUAUUUAAUCUUUAAGUAAAUUAAAAAUGUUCUGAUAAAUGCUCUGUAUUCUGUGUUUUAUGAAGUACUUAUGUUUAAUAAAAUGAAGGUGGAAUCCUGUUCCAUUUGUAAAUUCAGUGCUGCAAAAACUUUACAAAUAAAGACUGUAUCUAGAUUAA